GAUAACAUAACCUCAAGGAUGUUAUGGAAAAUUUAUUGAAUCAUAGAAGUUACUUAUUGUACCCAUAAUAAACAAUCAAUUGUAUAAAAAUAUAAUUAUGGCAGUAUCUCAUGUAUUUCGUAAUUAUUUAUCUAAAUUUAAUAUAACAACAACAAGAUUCUUCAGUAGAAUCAGCUCUAAAGGAAUUCAGAAAAAAUGUCCAUCUUUUCUUUAUAUAUUAGGUGGAUCUACCACAUUAAUUUUUGCUUACAAGUUAAAGUCAAUUCAGAAAGUGUAUGCGGCUCAACCUAAAAAUGAGGAAGAUGUAAAGGCGGUGAAAUUAACAUCUAGAGAAAAACGCUUUAUUAGAUUUGCUUCUGUUGAGUAUGAUGGUCAGUUAUAUAUGACACCCCAAGAUUUUCUCGAAUCAGUAGUUGAAGCUGAACCACGGCCUCGGUUAAAACGAAAAGUUUUAAAUCAAAAAGAACUGGAAAAAAUUCGAGAAGCCACACCUUCCCUAAGUCAAGGGUCACCAAGAUUGUUUAGAAGCCUAAGAGAUAAAGGUAUUAUUUCAUAUACUGAGUACCUGUUUCUUCUGUCGAUAUUAACAAAACCAGAAUCUGGAUUUAAAAUUGCCUUUAAUAUGUUUGAUACAGAUGGUAAUCAGAGAGUUGACAAAAAUGAGUUUUUAGUGAUGGAGAAAAUCUUCAGCCAUGCUUGGAAAGGUAGGAGGGGUAUGACUAAUGAAAAUGAAGACGUGGCUACCAUACAAGAACAGUAUGUUGAUGAUGAGCAAGGACUUCAGAGAAAACAUAUCGUUGAUACCACACUUAUAGUUCACUUUUUCGGACCUAAGGGCAACAGCGACCUCAAUUUUGAAAGUUUCAAGAAAUUCAUGUUACAUUUACAAACGGAAGUACUUGAACUAGAAUUCAAUGAGUUUUCCAAGGGUCUUUCUACAAUUUCUGAGGUGGAUUUUGCAAAAAUAUUGUUGAGAUAUACAUAUUUAGACACCGACGAAUAUGAUAUGUAUCUGGAUAGACUACUAGAUAGAAUAAAGGACACAAAGGGGAUUACGUUUGAAGAAUUUCAUGUAUUUUGUCAGUUCUUGAACAAUUUGGAAGAUUUUACGAUUGCUAUGAGAAUGUAUACACUAGCAGAUCAUCCUAUAUCUAAAGACGAAUUUCACAGAGCCGUUAAAAUAUGCACAGGAACUAACUUGACUCAACAUAUAGUUCACACAGUGUUUGCCAUAUUUGAUGAUGAUGGUGAUGGACUUCUGAGCUAUAGAGAAUUUAUUGCCAUAAUGAAAGAUAGAUUGCAUAGAGGGUUCAAAUCUUAUGCCAAGAAUGAAGGUUGGGAAGCUUUCAAAUCAUGUAUCAAACAAGAAAUGAAAUCGCCUGUCUAAAACUAUUUGACAAUUACCAAAAAUUUUUGCAUAUAUGAACUAACAAUUUUUUAAAUUAUAUAAUGGAUUUAAAUCUCUGCAGUAACUUACUCCUUUUUUUAUUAACCGAGUAAUAUUUUUGAAUAUAUAUUGCACAGAAGGGAUUUGAAAUAUAAAUUUAUUUAUUACUUUUGUGCAGUGAACUGGCUUUUGUAUUGGUUGUUAUUUUUAGGUUGUCAUAUAAAAAAAACCAAAAUAAUUGUGAUAUUUUGAUUUUGUGCCAUUAUUCUAAUAAUAACUUUGUUUUGCUAGAUUCUAAGUUACUAACACAUGUCAGUACUUAAUGAUACCUAUUCACAGUACCUUAUUAUUUUCAAAUAAAAAGUGGCAGAAAUAUAUAUCAUAAUAAAAAUUAUUUGUAGUAAUUCCAUGACUGAUAACAGAUAUAUAUAUAUAUAUAUAUAUAUAUAUAUAUAUAUAUAUAUAUAUAUAUAUAUAUAUAUGAAAUGAAAAUAAGAAUUUUAUCUUGUGUAGAGGGAAUUAAUAAAAAUUGCCACAUUAUGAAAAUAAGUUACAGUAAAAGUACAGGUGGUCAGUUAAGAAUGAGAUUUGUAGUAGAAAAUUUUAUUACUAAAGUGAUCAAAUAAAGACUAGAAAAUAAUUUCUCUCUUAUAAGAUUAUCUGCAGAUUUUGAUGUUUAUGCUAAUUCAAGUAAAUCAUCUUUAUACAUUUACUCCUGGUUGAAUCUGUAAAAUAACCAUAGCUUUCCAUUUGCAAAUGAUCUGAAUCACUUCAUAUUGAGCUCACCUUUUCUUACUUUGAGAUGGUGGUUCGAAUAGAAUGACAAACUGAGGCAUGCAUUCUGUUCAUUCUAAGCACUAGUCAAUAUAAAAGUAAAAUAAAAAUAAAUUCGCAAAUCUUAACGACGAUGUUAACCACUAGGCACUAAUCAAAAAACAAUUAAAAUACCUUCAAACUAAUGAAUCAUUAGUCAAAUAACUGAACUGAGUUAUUUCCGUAAAACAAAAGUUGGUGCUGCAUCGGUAACUGGGGAGGUAAAUAUCUCAAUUCUUGGGGAUCUCGAAUCAUGAGGGUUGAAUUUUUUGCCCCUGUGAUAUAUAUAUCACACGCCCUCAUAUAUAUUGACUGCUAUUUAACAUUACGACAAAUUUUCUUUUUUAGUCUUUUCAAAAGCAUAGAUUGAUGAAAAGAAGUGUAAAGGAUAGUACAAACGACUAAUUACCUGUAUUGCUUUUUUAACAUCUACUCUACACGGAUCAUCAAUCCAUAUUCCCGAUGAAAACGUUCAACAUGAAUAUAAUAAAGAAACAAAACUCUGUAAAAGACUGGAAAUAUCAAAAUGUCAAAGAUGAUCCGAGACCCUGAAUUUCUUAGUUUGAUUUAAACCAAGCAGAAAGAAGGAAACACUAUUCAGUUGUAUAUUGUUUCAUCGAAUGUAAAUACUUAAUAACACGCACAAAAUGAUUUAGUAUAAUUGAAAGCAAUGAAAAUGAGAAGAAGAGUUAUUCGAACAUUAAGACAAAAUGUGAUAAGAGUUAAAUUCUGAUUCCAGACGAACAAGAGGAAAUAAGAACACUAUGGUACCGCACAAACCUUGCCAAGCGCUAUCACACGAAAUACAAGGUUAGAGGUGGCGAAAUUGUGAGCUUCUAAACUCUUGUAAUUCUUCAUAACUUUUCUUUGGUCGUAAAAUCCGUGCGGUAAACUAGGUACUCCAGUCUGUCUAAUUCGGUCACGUGUGGCCACUGGUCCUUAUCUUCCUCCAUAUCUUCUUACUGCAGCUCAAAUCACAACCACACUCCUAAACUUUCUUCUGAUAGCGCUCACGUUCUAGAUGUGUCAAUUUCUGACUAUAUCCCCUCAAAAAAGCCACACUCCGUCAAACAAUAAUCGCUAGCAAUGCUCCAGUGUGUCCUCUCUCCUCGAAACGUAUCAACAACAUGGACGACGCUAUAUUAUCACUGCUCAAUAUAUGGCGCUCGCGUGGGCCUCGUGCACCCCUGUGAUUCAUUUGAUUUGAGUAAAAUUAAAUGGGACGUAGAAUUGAAUGAGCUACACUUAAAUAAGUUCAAAUUAUGAGAUUUUAUGCAAAAGGAACACAACUAAUUUCUCACAAUUAGUCGCCUAGUACAAGCUAAGCAAACAAAAAUAUUCCAUUCUACUGGAAGCUUCUUUUUUUUUCAGAAGAUUCCGAAUUUUUUCUUAAUAACAACGGUUCUCGCACUGAAUAAAUUAUUUAGUAUUUCAGCAGCUGUAUCCAACUAGCUGACACUUCCCGAUUCCACUAAGUAUUCAACCCUACGGUUUUUAGUUUUAAAAUAUGAAUUUUCACUUGAGGAAGACUUCCUCCAAAUGAUGAGAAUGCAUGCUUAGUUUAAAUGCAAUAUCAGUGCCUGUAACCAAUUUUCAUUAUUAUUCAAAAAACGGUCUAUUAUGUAUUAGAUUGCAGUCCACUUUUGAGAAAAUUUGGUUGAAAAUACAUCUGGAAAUCAUCAUUCACACACAGUAAAGCAAAAUUUUGCAUAAGAAAAUACAGUAGAGAAUUUCGGUCUUUGGAAUUCCUCGAUGCCAAUUGUGGAGGGACGAUAUUAUAUAUAAUUAAAUUGCAAUGGGUGGUGGCAUGAUAUGAAAAAUUAGCCCCGAUACAAGUGGAUAAAAGUAGCUAUGUAAAUUUAAAAAUUAGCUUGUACUAAACGACUCACUGUACAGUGGUUACGUACUCUGGAAAUCAUUAUAAGUUCUUUUGGUCACAUGAUUAUGACAAACAGUUCCAGAUAGAUAUAUUAUACUCUUAUCUGGCCACCCGGUAUAAGAUAACAGGCUUCUGAUAUGUAAGCAUGAUUAAAAUAAUGACUAUUUAACUAGUUAGGAUUUAUAGUUAGUUUUUGGCUUGUUAUUAGUAUUUUAUGUGUUAUGUUCACAAUUUGAUUUAUCGGAUUGUUCAAAAGGUUGUUAUAUUUUAAAAUAUGAUUGAUAUAUAUGCUAGUCGAACAUUCAAUUGAGUAUUUAUUAAAGAAAAAUGGAAAAAGUUUUAGAACUUAAUAAUUUAUAAUGGAAUAGUGAUUUAAGUGAUCUUUGAAUUCGAUCCUUGGUCUACAAAGUUACCAUAUUGUUAUAUACAUUUUUAUUUAUAUCUUCAUAAACUGUGAUCCAUAUUAUCUGAAAUCUAGGAUAAUUAUAGCAAUUGACUCCACUACAAGUGAAUCUGUUAGAUCUUUGCUUUGAAAACUUAAUUGUUAAACAUUACUGAUUACAGUUUUUUUGAUUUAUACAAUGUAAAAAUUGUGAUAUUGUCUAUCAUGAUAUCGAAUUUUGUGAAUGUUUACUAGUCAGUACUUGUUGCCAAAAUAAUUAUGUUUCAAGUUUAAGGAAGUAUUUUAUGUUAAUCUAGUCAGAUCUGAUAAACACUGGCGAUAAUAUUGUCAUAUUAAUAAACUAUAUGAAGUAUG